AGAAGGAGGAGAGAACAGCCACCCCCAAGCGCAGCUCCGCUCCCGUGUCAGGGCUUGAAAGCGCUCCAGCCUCCCUCCCCGCAGGCUGCUGAACUUCCCCCUCCGCGUGUGCGUGUGCGUGUGCGUGUGCGCGCCCGAGGGUGCGGAGCGGGGCAGCGUGUGCGCGGCCGCGGGCGGCUCCGCGGGACGGCGCGCCGGGCCCCCGAGCUGCUGCGGGCGCGGGGGGCGCCGGCGCUGGCGGCCGCUUUUGGCGAGGAGCGCGGGGGAGGCACAAAAGGGAAGGCCGGAGGGAAGGUCCCUCCCACGCCCCCCUCCCCCAAGUUUAUGAUGGGGGUCCGGACGGGCAGCCCGGCUCCGCAGCCGCCGCUCGCCUGCUGAAAACUUGCCGCUCCGCUUUUUGGGGUCGCUAAGCUGGAAGAUGCGCAUCUAAGAUGGAAACUUCUGCUUCGACUGCUGCUGGGAAAAAAGAAGGGAAAGGUGCAGUUCUGGAGGGGAAUGGCUUUACAGAGACGGGGAAGAAACCCACUCCUUUAGCAGCUACAGGAACAACAGUGGCACAAGGAGUUCCUCAGCACAUUUUUCCGGCCUUCCACGCUCCUUUGCCAAUUGACAUGCGCCACCAAGAAGGAAGAUACCAUUACGAACCUCACUCUAUCCACGCUAUUCACGGAGGAUUGACUGAGCUGAAGGAAGAUUUGGGGCCAUUAAAAAUCGGUGGGGGACAUCACGCAGGGCAGAAAGGCAGGCCUCCUACCUUGAGCGGCAGCCCCGUCAUCUCCGACAUCUCCCUCAUCCGCCUCUCCCCGCACCCGGCGGGCCCCGGGGAGUCACUAUUCAGCCCGCCGCACCCCUACGUGGCCCCGCACAUGGAACACUACCUCCGCUCCGUGCACAGCAGCCCAACCCUCUCCGUCAUCUCGGCGGCCAGGGGCCUCAGCCCCGCUGACGUGGCUCACGAGCAUCUGAAAGAGCGAGGCCUGUUCGGAUUGCCCCCGCCGCCGCCGGGAGCCAACCCCGCCGACUACUACCACCAAAUGACGCUCAUGGCCAGUCACCCGAACCCUUACGGGGACCUCCUGAUGCAGAGCGGGGGAGCAGCCAGCACAGCACAUCUCCAUGAUUACCUCAGCCCCGUUGAUGUGUCACGGUUUUCAAGCCCACGAGUGACUCCAAGAUUAAGCCGAAAGCGAGCCCUCUCCAUCUCCCCGCUGUCCGAUGCCAGCAUCGAUCUUCAGACAAUGAUCAGGACCUCCCCAAACUCGCUCGUGGCGUAUAUUAAUAACUCCAGGAGCAGUUCUGCAGCAAGUGGCUCGUAUGGCCAUUUAUCUGCAGGGACAAUAAGCCCUGCAUUUAGCUUUCCCCACCCCAUUAACCCAGUGACGUACCAGCAGAUCUUGAACCAGCAGAGAGGACUGAGCUCAGCCUUUGGACACACUCCCCCUCUGAUCCAGCCGUCUCCUACGUUCCCUCCGCGGCAGCACAUGGCUGUCAUCUCAGUCAACCCACCAUCAGCACAGAUCAGUAGCAACAGCAACUGCAUCUCUGACUCCAGUCAGAGCAAGCAGAGCAGCGAGUCGGCCGUGAGCAGCACGGUCAAUCCAGUAAUUAACAAGCGCAGCAAAGUCAAGACUGAAGUUGAGGGCUUGCCACCAGUGUCCCCAACCACACAGGAGCAUCUGACAGACCUGAAAGAAGAUCUAGAUAAGGAUGAAUGUAAACAGGAGCCUGAGGUUAUUUAUGAGACGAACUGUCACUGGGAAGGGUGCACAAAGGAAUAUGACACUCAAGAGCAGCUCGUCCAUCACAUCAACAAUGACCACAUCCACGGGGAGAAGAAGGAGUUCGUCUGCCGCUGGCAGGACUGCACGCGGGAGCAGAAGCCAUUCAAGGCUCAGUACAUGCUGGUGGUGCACAUGCGAAGACACACCGGGGAGAAGCCGCACAAGUGCACGUUUGAGGGUUGCUCCAAAGCUUAUUCCCGACUGGAGAACUUAAAGACACACCUGAGGUCCCACACUGGAGAAAAACCCUACGUCUGUGAACAUGAAGGCUGCAAUAAAGCCUUUUCCAAUGCCUCGGACAGAGCCAAGCACCAGAACAGGACACAUUCCAAUGAGAAACCCUACGUAUGUAAAAUCCCUGGCUGCACGAAGAGGUACACAGAUCCUAGUUCCCUCAGGAAACACGUCAAGACCGUACACGGGCCUGAUGCCCACGUCACGAAGAAGCAACGCAAUGACAUCCACCCAAGGCCACCUCCGCUCAAGGAAAACGGGGACAAUGAGGCAAGCGCCAAGCAGAGCAACAAGGUUUCAGAGGAGAGCCCUGAAGCCAACAGCACCACAAGGAGCAUGGAGGAUUGCCUGCAAGUCAAAAACAUAAAGACGGAGAAUUCUGUGAUGUGUCAGUCCAGUCCUGGUGGCCAGUCGUCGUGCAGCAGUGAGCCGUCACCCCUUGGCAGCACCAACAACAAUGACAGUGGAGUAGAAAUGAACAUGCACAGCGGGGGAAGUCUGGGAGAUCUGACAGCGUUGGAUGACAACGCUCCUAUUGUGGACUCAACGGUCUCAUCUGGUAAUUCGACAUUCAGCCUGCAGCUAAGGAAACACAUGACGACGAUGCAACGACUUGAACAGCUCAAGAAAGAGAAGCUCAAGACGGUUAAGGAUUCCUGCUCAUGGGUGAGCCCAGCUCCACAAGCCAGAAACACCAAGCUGCCUCCCAUCUCAGGAAACGGCUCUAUUCUAGAAAAUAGCGGUGGUUCUUCUGCUACACUGCCUAAUCCAAGAAUAAUGGAGCUGUCUGUCAAUGAGGUUACGAUGCUGAACCAACUCAACGAGCGCCGUGAUAGUACAACAAGCACCAUCAGCUCUGCCUACACCGUCAGCCGCAGAUCGUCAGGGAUUUCCCCUUACUUCUCCAGCCGCCGUUCCAGCGAAGCUUCGCAGCUCGGGCAUCGUCCCAAUAACACAAGUUCUGCUGACUCCUAUGACCCGAUUUCAACAGACGCCUCCCGUCGGUCCAGUGAGGCUAGCCAGUGCAGUGGGAUGCCAGGUCUGCUGAACCUCACGCCAGCUCAGCACUAUAGGCUGAAAGCCAAGUAUGCUGCUGCCACAGGGGGCCCUCCUCCAACUCCUCUGCCAAACAUGGAGAGGAUGACUCUGAAGAACAGGAUCUCACUUAUGGAUGGACCAGAGCCCAUCUUGCCCUCCAUUCGCCUCCCGCCAGGGCCCAGGCGUUGCAGCGAUGGUAACACCUAUGGCUACACCUCAGCCACAGCAUUUCCCCAUGAGGUGCCGGGCAACUGCACGAGACGGGCGAGUGACCCAGUGAGGAGACCUGCUGGAGACCCUCAGGCCCUCCCUAAAGUUCAUCGUUUCAACAGCACCAACAGCAUGAACCCCUUCCAUCCUCCACAUCCCACGGACAGGAGGAAUUUCAGCCUCCAGAACUAUGCACGCUCCGAUGGGAGCCUCCCCCGGCAUGUCUAUUCACCCAGGCCACUGAGCAUUAGUGAAAACAUUGCCAUGGAAGCCAUGUCCAGGGAGACAGAGGGAAACAUCGGAGACGACGACAUUAUGCUGCCAGACGACGUGGUACAGUACAUCAAUUCUCAGAGCAACGGGACAGCAGCCGAGAGCACUUCCAUGGGAUACAGCAGUGAGAUGCAGAGCUUCCAAGGAAGUGGGAAACUGCAGCCCCCGGCCUUGCCCAACCAGCGCAGGAUGGCUGUGGCUGAGGCAAGCAUGAGUCAUUUGGGGCCAAUGAUGGCAGAGUGUCCAAUGAGCUUUGACGCUCCCUCGGACAUGAGUAAAAACAACAUGCCCGUCCAGUGGAAUGAAGUCAGCUCGGGUACAGUUGAUAUCAUGUCCAAUCAGUCAAAGCAGCAGUUUUCGCAAGGGAACUUAGCUGUGGUCCAGCAGAAGCAGAACUUUGGUCAGUAUCAGAAUUACAACCAGCAGCAGAUGCAGCUGAUGGAGAACAGCAUGAAUGUAACACAGCAGAAUUUUAUGCAAAGAAAUAUGGGCAUGGACGGGCAGAGGCUAAAUUGUAUGCAGCUGCGGCAACAGCUGAUGAACCUCGGCCCCAGUAUGAACCCCGAUCUGGGCUCGCACGCAGGGUAUAACCAACCUCAUCAGAUGCUGAGCCCCAGUGCAAUCAGCAGCAAUCCAAAUCAGAUCUCUCCUUCUUGUGGCAGCAUGGCAGUGAAGUCUGGAUCCCAUGUUCACCCUCAGCAAAUGGACAUGGCAACCGACCCUUCUUUAAUGGUCAGCAGCAACAGCGAGCGCACGAUGCUGAAUCAGGUCAUGCACGAACAGAGUCAGCAGAACUAUUCAUCUCAGCCAACCCACCUGACCUUCCCCAUGGCUCAGGAGGUUUUUCACCAGCCCAUCAUGACCUCAAACCAGCCAAACUUCGAGCCUCAGCAGAGCAUGAUGGGUCCAGCUGCGCAGGCCUACCCGCCCGGCAUGGUACAGCCUCGUCCGCCGCCCGAGCCGAGCCCGGCCAGCAGAGCCCGAGGCGUACGCACUGUGCAGCAGCUGGGCUACAUGAGAACUCCCCACCCCACGAACAACAUGAGCCCAGGCCAGGAGGUGGCAGAGGCCGCUCAUAAAAGAACCGGCGACAUGUUGCCAGCACCGGCCCAGCAGUGCACGGAUGGCGCAAGGGAAAACAAUUUGAUGUACUAUUACGGUCAAAUCCACAUGUACGAACAAAACAGCAACUUCGAUAAUCACACGGACUGCAGAGUCAGACAGCAGCAAUGUGCGCUGAACGGCAAGCCGGCCGCCCUGCCUUCUCCGGGAGCGAACCAGGUGUCCAGCACGGUGGACUCGCAAGGUCUUGAGCCGCCCCAGAUAGAUUUCGAUGCCAUCAUGGACGAUGGGGACCAUUCGAGCCUGAUGUCGGGCACCCUGAGCCCCAGCAUCCUGCAGAACCUCUCCCAGAACUCCUCUCGCCUGACAACUCCACGAAACUCUCUGACACUGCCCGCCAUACCCGCGGGAAUCAGCAAUAUGGCAAUAGGCGAUAUGAGCUCCAUGCUAACCACGCUGGCGGAAGAGAGUAAAUUUCUAAACAUGAUGUCAUAACAGUAAAGCACAAGGGCUUAGCACUAUCCAAGGGGCUCUGUGUGAAGCAGUUUUAUGAAUGUGCUUUCUAAAAAUAAUCUGUUUCAAUAGAGUAGAUUUUUUUUUUGAUAAGUAUUAAAUACAUUAAAGGGAUUCAAAGUAAAAAUAAAAAAGUCUGUACAGAGUUAUGUAAACUAUAUCCAGGUAGGUCAGCACCGCAAGGGUGCACCUCUAGUAUUGUUUUUGGCUUGGUUUCUCAGAGCACUGAACGGUAUCACCACCAAGCUAGGAGACUGCAUGAGAGUGGUUAAAGAUGAAACCCUCCCUCCCUGGCACCCUGUAAAUAGCACUUCCCAUCAUUUUCCAUUAGUUGUGUUUGCAAAAAUUCCAUUUUCAACCCACCCCAGAAAGAAAUGGGAGGAUGUGGUUUUGAUCAGAAUAAAAGCCAUACUGUGUGUUCUGCUCUGAUGAGAGUAGUGUUUAGUUAUAUCUCCAAACAAGCCCUCUGCCAGCAGUAUUGUUUUAUACAGUAAAUACCUUUGUACCUUGCAAAGAGCAUUGAUUCCAAACGGCUUCUCAGCAAAGUGCCUUACCAUGCUUUAGUGUUAAGUAGCCAAGGCCUCUCUUCCUUUAAAAUCAAAUAUAGUGUAUUGCCAGAAGCGUAUAUAAAAUGUACAUUUAUAAAAACAUAGUGGUGUUUCUGAGAAAACAUUGGAAAGACACAUUGAUGAGACACAUGAAAGGUGAGUGCACACUUUGAUCAGAUGUGUUUACAACGUGGUUUAUAUCAUGUGCAGGAUGGAGCAGAGUCCUGGGAACAGCAAUCACUGGGAAAAAAUCCCCUGUGGCAGGAAGGCUCCAGCCUGCAAAGACUGAUACACAUGCAUAACUUUACACCCUCUGAGCAGCAGCGUCGUGGUGUAGUGACUUUCUGCUGGGGCCCUCAAUACCUUUUUAAUGUCAGAUUUCUGAAGCGAACAUUACCAUAUCACUGUGCAGCUUUGCAACAGCUUCGCUUUCUUUUGAAUUUUCCUUCCUAAGAUGCUCACAUACCAAAGUGAUCGUGAUGAAGAGAGUUUUAUGAUCAUUUCUGCCCUGUCUGCACUCUGGCAUAGUAGUGGGAGCUUUUUAGUCUAGCAAGGGUUCGUCUGUGUAAUACGCUCCUCGUCUGUGUAAUACGCUCCGUGAUUAUCUGUUUUCAGGCCGGGUCCACCUGGCACUGAAGUCAAUCCUAGUUGCAUUAUUUAUUUUACUGUUGUCAGACAAAAGGAUAGGAGUAGUGGGGUGGGUGUACGUGGGGAGGAGGCCUUGCUGAACAGCUCAGUUUUCCUCAUCCUGGUAUCAUGGCAUUAAAUCAUUUGUGCCCCAUAUGUUGCAGGGCCGGGGACAAAUGUGACUUCCUGCCAGGGUGGGCAGGUUCUCACAGUUUGGCCAUAUCACGUCAGCAGGGCUUAGCUCUCUCCUGCCCAUCGCUUCUCUCCCCCUCAUCCUGAUGCGAGGUUCUCGCUGGUGCCCACCUUGUUCCUCUGCAUGGGGCACGGGGGAGCUCUGUGAAGGUGCUGUCUGGUGUCCUAAAGUCCCUGCUCGCCUUUUGCACAAACUGAUGUCAGGCUUGCUGUUCCCAGCAUGACCUCUGGCUGGCACAAGAAUGCCCCAUGUCAUCUCCAGGCAAACUUGGCAAGAUUAGAUACCCCAGAGGCUGUGCGUAGUGACAGCGUUGGGGAUGGCCCUGCUGUGGAGUAGCUCCAGUGUGCUGCUUGUGCAGGGAGGUGCUGCUUCGGCAUCCUGCCGUCUGGCCCGUCCUUAUCCCAAAUGCAAAGCGUGUGCACAGGGCACCCCGGGGGGCUCUUUCACCCUCACUCGUCACCCCGUCAGCCCCCGUGAUGCCCACUGACAUCCUGGCUGUGCAAGGACAGUAAAGGGAAGCAAGGUGUCUGGCUGUUCAUUUGUGUCUCCUGUGAAAGGUGUGUUUAAAGGGAUUGUUUUAUAGUCCGCUGUAUAUAUUCUCCUGCAGUUACUGACCUUGCCCUUGCCUUUGCAUUUAUGAAAAGAGGGCAAUACAUAUUUUAGGACUUUGUAUGUUGUCCUGAAUGCUUGGAGUGCAAUUGGGCAUCCCUUGUAUUGAGAUGGAUCCGGCCUUCACACAUCCUUUGACUGCUAAUCUGAUUUUUUCAACAGCUGUGUAGGGCAAUGGUGGCUCUUGAGUCCCCCUUCACAGAUAUCUCAUUAGAAAAAAAACCCAAAAGCAAAACCAAAUCUCCAAUGACUUGAGAUUUCUCAGACUUUCCAGUGGUGGUCUUCCUUCAUUUACUGAAAUAGUAUUAUAAUAACCAUUCCAGCACUGUAUAUAUUAUGUAUAGAAGACAUCAUUACUAAAAGUACUGUAGGUGAAUUGUUCUGUCAGAUUUAUAUCUUAAGAACAUUUUUAGCUGUUUUCUACAUCAUAAGAACGGAGGUAACAUGCUGAACCUGUAUAUAAACCUUUUGUACAUUAAAAAGUAAUUUUUUUUCGUAA